AUGGAUUCUUUGGAGCAGGUCUUGGCUUCUUCGAAGGAUCAGGACGAGGACCGCGGCGCCACGGGUCGCCUAAACGAGCACAAAAUUGAUAACGCAGGGCUCAAGGCUGCAUGGAAGCUCAAGAUUCGCCCCCCUGCGAAGACUCUUGAUGUCGCAGUUGUCCCUGCGGAGGCUCUUGAUGUCGCAGUUGUCCCUGCGGAGACUCUUGAUUUCGCAGAUGUCCCUGCGGAGACUCUUGGUUUCGCAGAUGUCCCUGCGGAGACUCUUGGUUUCGCAGUUGUCCCUGCGGAGACUCUUGGUUUCGCAGAUGUCCCUGCGGAGACUCUUGAUUUCACAGACGUCCCUGCGGAGACUCUUGGUUUCGCAGAUGUCCCUGCGGAGUUUACUUGA